CCUUUUCACUCCUCAUUAAUGAUAAAGCGCGUUGCAGCGUCCCCCUCCCCUGUGGCUUUACGCGUUUGAUCCCCGCGGGACCUCGCGUUUUACAUUCCUGGCAUUCCGACCUCAGUCCCUCCUCGUUACUUAUUAUCGCCGCCUGUUCUCUCCAGUCAUUUCACAGCAAGAGGAGUGUGUUAGCCAGUCCGGGGGGAGGACACUGAGGCACGUUUGAUUCAAAAAACCUCACGGAAAUAGUGGAAUUACUCUGAAUUUUACUUCGAGAUCGACAACAACGUUUUGUGAGGAUGAGAGCGUGAGCUGGUUCACAGCUGAUUUUGUAACAUUUUUCUAAACAAUAAAGUCCUCAACUGGUCUUAAGAGAGAAUAGUAGAGUUCACGAAGCAGUAUGUCGUCCACUGAAGAGCCGUCUGGCACAGUCCUGCAUCGGCUCAUCCAGGAGCAGCUCCGCUAUGGAAACCCCACCGACACCCGCACCUUGUUAGCCAUCCAGCAGCAGGCCCUGCGCGGAGGCAGUGGAAGCAACAGUGGACCCAGCCCACGGUCCUCCUUGGAGAGCCUCACCCAAGAGGAGCCUCCUUUCCCUCAGCUAUCUGCUCGGCAGGAGCCCCAGGGCCAGGAGCACCAAGGCGACUACCACCACUCAGAAAGCGCCUACCAGCUGUACCAGCUGCAUGGGGAGGAGUUACCAACAUAUGAGCAGGCCAAAGUGCACUCUCAGUAUCUGGCCUCUCACUGGGCCCCUACAGACCCUGUCAGGCAGCUCCAUGAGGGGGCCUUCCAUGAAGAGGCAGAUCUGAUGGAGCUGAAGUGCAGCCAUGCACGGUCACUCAGUGAGCAUUGCAUACAGAUAGCUCUGGAGAGGAACAAUGCAGCUGCUAAAGCAGAGGCCAUCAAGAGCGCCUCCCACAGUUACCCAGAUCUUCCUCACUACACCCCACAAGCCUUCCAGAGUACGGGGCAGAGCCUGGACAAGUGCAAACCGCCGCCAGAGUACCCAUCCCCCAUUCAGGGCCAAGGAUUUAUCCCUCACCAGGUUCAGGAGCCAUUGCAGCCACAGCAGCACAGGUAUGUCCAGUCUGCUCAGUCAGCUGAAGUCCCCUGUUACAACACGUUCAUCAGCCUGACACCUGCUGGCUUGGAGAAACCCAACCAGGUGGAGCUGCUGCUGAUGGAGAAUGAGAGGCUAAGGCAAGAGGUGGAGGCACACAGGGAGAAGACCUGUCGUAUUCAGAAGCUGGAGCAGGAGAUCCAGCGUAUUUCUGACGCCUAUGAGACGCUGAUGCAAGGCAGCAGUAAGAGAGAAAACCUGGAGCAGACACUGAGGAGGAGGCUGGUGGCUGAAAUCAGGAGGCUGCAAGAUUUCAACAGAGACCUUAGAGAAAACUUGGAAAAUGCCAGAACACAUGUUGCAAAAGAAGUUGAAGCAGCAGACCAUAACCAGCACCUGAUGGCGAAACUCCUUGAACAAAAUGAGGAGCAGAACUUUGAGCGGGAGCGCAUAGAGCGCGAAGUGCAGCGACUGCGAGCCACAGCGGAGGAGCAGAGCCUCAGGGCAAAGCGACUCGAGGAGACCCUGGAGGCAGCUCGGGGACGCGGCCGUCAGCUCGAGGAGGAGCUGAGAAGGAAGAGGGCCUAUGUGGAGAAAGUGGAGCGACUUCAGAGUGCGCUGGCUCAGUUACAGUCCACCUGUGAGAAGAGGGAGAGCCUGGAGAUGAAGCUGAGGACACGACUAGAGCAGGAGCUGAGAAGUCUGAGGGCACAGCAGAGGCAAUCCCAGCCACCAGGACUGACCAUGAGUUCCCUCCAAGAGCGUCUGCGCGAGCGGGAGGAACGAAUCUUAGCCCUCGAGGCCGACAUGGUGCGCUGGGAGCAGAAGUACCUAGAGGAGAGCACCAUGAGGCAGUUUGCCAUGGAGGUGGCUGCCACUGCUGCUGCUCAGAGGGACACCACCAUCAUUAACCACUCACCCUGUCACUCUUCUAACAACAGUUUCAAUGAGGACCUGCCAAUUGCUGACUACAGGAAUCAAGAGAUGGAGAACAGAAUCCGUGCUCUUUACGCUCAGAUCUUGGAAAAGGAUGCUGUGAUUAAGAUCCUCAACCAGCGGCUGCACCAGGACCAAGGGCGGAAGGAGGAGCAAAGUGCCCGUACAAACCUCCUGAAUGAAGCGGGGGCACCUCUCCGACCCGCCUCCUCCACUCCCUCCAUCUGCACCAUCAAGAGCACCACAAAGAAUAGAUGUAAGAGACUGUCAGAUGACCAGACUUUGCCAAACCAGGAGCUCUCUGCUCAGUCUGAACCUGGAACACUAGAGCAGCAGGUGGAGGGAACCAAAGCCAAAGAAACAGCCAGCACAGUGAAGCUCAGCAGUGACAAGGCAGCGCCUAAGAAGUUGCUGUUAAAUCACUUCAGAGGCCUGGAUGAGUUGGAAUCAGAGGCAGUGGAAAUCUUCAUUUAAAGAACUGAGAGAAAAAAAAGCAUCAAUUCUGAGAAUAUGUGAAGAGUGCAAGUCUUUGAAUAGAGGACGGAAGAAAAUACUGGCUGCAUGGAUGUCGUGGAAAGAGGCCAGUGCAUGAAAACAAACGGACUGUUUUCACAUUUUAGAGAGAGAGCUGUGCUCUGACUCCCUCUCACUAAGUUGGACAGCUGCAGGCAGUCUGCCCAGCUAGGUGAGCACAGAUUAAUCUCCCGAGGUACUUGGACAGUAUUGUGGAUUGUAAUAGGGCAACAUGUUCUCAGACCGUGUAUGCCAAAAUAUUUAUAUGAAUAUAUAGAUAUAUACAUAAUUGCUGCUUUCCCCAGUUUAUCCUUUAUCUCCUUUGCCAAACCAAUGAAUCAAGAAGCUACAUAUUUAUCUUAUCUGGUUUCCACAUUCCCCAAAUAUUAACUUACUCAUGCUCUUUUAGAUAAAUAUUCAAGAACAAGGUUAUCUAUGUGACCUGCAUUCCCCUCCUCUCCAAAACAUGUUAGUAGGAGUAACCUCUUUCCCAUCACAUGGAUUUAAUCAGUUUGGACAACUUCCCUUAGCUUAAUAAUUUGAGCAGAUAACAUGAAACACUGUUGAUUUACAUGCUCCUGCUGUCCAUGUUCAUUAGGUCUGAGUAGCUGGUUCUGCAAAGACUUCGUGGGUAUGUGAACAGUGAGAUGCAUAAUAUUUAAAAGACCUUUUUUUUUUUCCUUUUGCCAAACCAACACAGACCUAGUGUUUGUAAGUUUGGGAGAGUGUUGAAUCACGGUAUUGAUUUCAUCAUCUGUUUUUCCUUCUCAGAGUAUGUUUGCAUGCGUGAUUACAGGAUGCGAGUGUGUUUCCCGAUGUGGUGAGCCUGCUGGUUUGGUCGCCACUGAGGGAUAAAAGUUGAAAGUGACAUGCUGUUGGUUUUCUGUUUACUGUGAGCUUUGAACUAACAAACUGGUUAUUCUUAUUAUUAUUAUUAUUAUUGUUCAUUUUAUACUGAUGUUCAUAUUGUUAUUUUAUUUUUAACCGUGCUCUGAGCAGGAUGCCAAAGAGUUUUAAGUGUGUAUGUUUGUUGUAAGUUAUGUGCUGACAAUCACGGUCAUGUCAACCCGUACACAUGCAGCCAAGUGUUGACUUCAAACAGACAUUUCUGUGAACUUCAAAGAACAUGAAGGUUUUUACAGUUGAAUUCAUGCAACAUUUCAUAAAGCAAUAAAAUAUUCUAAUAUAUUU